AUGUUCAAUGUGUCCCAAAAGGUUUACCAUUGUAAACGGUCUAAAACAUCACGGAGUGUUCAUGCAAAACUGAGACCAUUCAAAUGUGAGAUUUGCUCGAUGGAUUUCCAGUACAGAUCAUGUCUCCGUGAGCACCAAACGAUUCACACAGAUUCAUGGUCCCAUACAUGUCCAGUUUGUGAAAAGUCUUUUCGUUGGAAGAAGUAUCUCCAUGUUCAUAUGCGAAUCCACGAAGACUCCAAAACGAAUAGACAGACUUUUAAGUGUCCAUUUUGUGUGAAGUGUUACAGCUGGAAGCAUAUUCUGCGAGCUCAUCUGAAAACUCAUUUUCCGAUCAAAGAAAAAUAUGAAGAGAUAUGGAGAAAGUUUAAAAAUGGAGAAUGGAAUAAAAAGGAAGCGAACGCAUUUCCAAAGAAUGAAACUUCUGAUGUCGACGAAUUUGAUGAAGAGAGUCAGAAAGAAAACGUCUUGUUAAAUAUUCCGCAUGAAACAAAGUCAACACAAAGUCAAUCGAGAAGUUCUCGACAACCUCUCAAAUCUAUUAAAAAUGUUGACAUUCGAAGGUCCGUCAGGCUUGGCUUAAAGAAUAUUGAAGUUCUAGUUGGCGAGGAUAAUCCACAAGAAGAUGUAGUUUUUGCGAAGAAAGAGCCGUCCGAAAAAUUGCGUUUCGAAUGUGAUAUCUGCUCAAAAACGUUUGGACGCAAAGACAGUUUAAGGAGACAUAAAAUGAUACAUGAUGGAUUGGUACGGGUUCAGUGUCCGUAUUGUGUGAGCUCGUAUAACUGGAUAAGAAGCCUUUGGAAGCACAUGGAAAGUCACUUUGAUUCAAAAACCAAUUUCGACGAUGCCUGGAAACGAUACAUGACAGGGGAAAAAUUAGUGAAACCUGAUCGGUCGGAUAGAUCGGUUCGAUACAAUUUCGAAAAAAACAAGUCGAGUUCUCCUGAAGUCUAUCUUGAUGUUCAAAAACCGAUUAGAAAGAGAUCCAUCAAUGAAAUCCACGAGACCGUGCCAACUCCUGCUAAGAAGGCUAGGAAGGAUAUCCCAGAACCAAAAGUGGCUUCUGGACCAGUUUGCUGUGAUCACCAAGAUCUCCAAUUUCUAACAUCUAACGGAUUCUGCUCAGGAGAUAGAUCCUGUCGAAUUGCUGCUGGUGCCAAAUUCAUGUGUGCAAAAUCCAAAUCGCUAACUUACGAUAUAUUUUGCAUGAAGUGUUUCGCCAACAAGUUUCCUGAUCACCUCAACAAAAAGAAUUUUAAAGAGACGACGAAUGUCAAUAAGAAAUCGGAAGACGUCAUAAAUUGUAUGAAUUGUGGAGACGCGUGGCACAGAAUAUGUGCGUUGCAUCUGAAGAAAGAUCAGUUUUUAUGCGUCAAGUGUGGAGGAGGAGCUUCGGUGCGGAAGACGGUAGAUAUGGAAAAGGAGUACUGUAGAUCUUCGAAAUAUAUGUCACAAAAAGCGAAUCAGUUUUUGGAAAAGGAGAUUGGAGAGGAUGGCGCAAGGAGAAAUCCCAUUAGCGUAGUCACGUUUACAUCGGAUAAAAAUGUGGCGACGAGAGAAAUGGCACCGGAUCUCUAUACUGGAGAUUUUCGAGAGAAAUACACUGGAACGAUUCAAUUCAGGACAAGAUCCAUUUACGUAUUCCAGAAGAUUGAUGACGUGGAUGUCUUAUUCUUUGUGAUGCACACUCAGGAGUACAAGAAACACGCUGAUGAGUUGUCAUGGUUCACAAUAGAUUAUCUGGAUACGGUUCCAUUCUUUCAACCAUCCCAUCUCAAAGGGUUUAUGGCUGGAGAACUGAUUCUUAUUUAUGCUGAAUACAUGAAAUCGAUUGGAUUCCAGAAAGGGUAUCUUUGGGCAAAUCCACCGAAAUCUGGAGACGAUUUCAUAUUCAAUAUUCACCCACAGGAUCAGAAAUAUCUGAAUAGGACGAGACUGGAAAAAUGGUAUCGGAAAGUGUUCCAGAAGGGAAAAGAAGACGGGAUUCUCAAUGGAUUUCAUGCUUUUAAAGAGGAAUUCAAAAAUAGGAAAUUCCAGAAACCAACAGAUCUUCCAUUUUUUCACAACUCCUUAUGGUCCAGAACAAUGAAAGAUAUCAAUUUGCAACUGGCUGAAACCCGCCAAUUGAAUCAUCCAAGCUUUAUGAGAGAAUUAGAAUUUGAGUUCAAGGAUCAUUUGACUGACAAUUUCUUUCUGGAUCUCGCGAAUCAUGAUGAAACCUCUCCAACUUCAGAUGACGUCAGAACAAAGCCACACAAAAUAUUAGGAGAUCGAGAAGCAUUUUUGAUACACUGUGCCAAAAAGAACUGGGAGUUUUCGAGUCUCCGACGUGCCAAAUUUGCAUCCGUAGCUAUAAUUAACGGUUUAAUUAAAUGA